CCCACAUGACGUGAUUUAGCCCUCAUUGCACAUGGGGAAAAAGUAGUUGUAGCUGUUGCCAUUUCCGCUGUAUCUCAGACAGCGACCUCUUCUAAAACCAUCCCAGUUAUUUCUAAAGAAGCUGAAUAAGAAGUCUAGGGCCGAAUCCUGCGGCACCCCAAUUGUCCUUUCUCCCCAGGAUAAAGAGGAGCCAUUGUAUCUCUGCACCCCUCCUCCCACUGAAGCAACUGGAACAGGGAACUUUGGUCACAUAGUUUGUGCUGAAAUAUCAGAACACGGUUUGGAAACAGCUUUUUGGUUUCAUCAUGGUUUCCCGUCACUUCAGCAUUCUGUUUUUCUGCCUUUUGCUAAUAUACCCUUUUUCACUGGCUGCAGUCUUCAUAAGGCAAGAGGAAGCAAGUAAUGUGCUACAAAGGAAAAAGAGAGCCAAUUCUUUCUUUGAAGAAAUUAAGUCAGGGUCGUUGGAGCGUGAGUGUCUAGAAGAGAAGUGUUCAUUUGAAGAAGCAAGAGAAAUCUUCAAAGAUAAGAAAAGAACUAUGGAGUUCUGGACCUAUUACAUAGAUCCUAAUCAGUGCGACUCCAACCCUUGCCAAAAUGGGGGGACAUGUAUUGACGAGUAUCAAAACUAUAUUUGCAUUUGUCCUAGACACCAUGAAGGCAGACACUGUGAAAUAGGUCCAGAAACCAAACUAAAGUGCUUUUAUAAAAAUGGCGACUGUGAACAGUACUGUGUAGACAGCCCAACUACAUUACGCCAGUGCUCUUGCGCAGAGGGGUACAGGCUCGCAAGCGACGACGUGUCGUGCAUCCCAGAAGUUGAUUACCCUUGUGGGAAAAUACCCAUUCUGGCAAAAAAACAGCCGACCCGGCAGGGAAGGAUUGUAGGUGGUUAUACCUGUCCUCCAGGUGAAUGCCCAUGGCAAGCUCUUAUAAUAGAUGGUACGAAGAAAAGAUGUGGAGGUGUUCUGCUUGCUCCAUCUUGGGUAGCUACCGCGGCCCACUGCUUAGACCUCGUACGCAAAAAGGCACUCAGGAUACGAUUGGGUGAACACAGGAUAAAUCAGGAGGACGGAAGUGAACAGGAGAGGAGAGUAGCUGAAAUGAUAAUCCACGAAAAAUACUCUUCAAAGUCAGUUGACAAUGAUAUUGCCCUGCUGCGAUUAGCUUCACCUGUUAACUUCACAGACUACGUGGUGCCCAUAUGCUUGCCUCCACAAUGGUUUGCUGCCAAAGUGCUGCACUAUGUCGAAUAUUCCACAGUCAGUGGGUGGGGGCGCCUCUUAGAAGGUGGGGCGACUUCAACGACACUCAUGCAUGUGCAGGUUCCUAGAAUGCAUAAAACAGAAUGCGUUCGGCACACUAAUUUCAACAUUACGGACAACAUGUUCUGUGCAGGAUACCUCAACGGGACUAGAGACGCUUGUGAAGGUGACAGUGGUGGACCCCAUGUUACAGAGUACAAGAACACCUGGUUUUUAACUGGGAUUGUGAGUUGGGGUAAGGGGUGUGCAGCAAUUGGGACAUACGGUGUUUACACGAAUGUGGUAAAAUAUAUCCCAUGGCUGAACAGCCACAUGGAUUUGUUCACAGCUAACCCUGAAGGGGAGCAGUGUUGUUUUCCACCGAUAGACAUUAUGGCUAACCCAUUGCUCCUCAUUUUGAUCAUCAGUUCUCUGUCUAGUCUCCUGAAUUCGGAAAGAAAUGUAUUCUUACAAGGUAAAACUGCCCAUGAAUUUCUGGAAAGAAGAAAACGAGCCAACUCUGUAUUUGAGGAAUUCAAGCAAGGAAAUAUUGAAAGAGAAUGUAAUGAGGAAAGGUGCUCAAAAGAAGAAGCCAGAGAAGCUUUUGAGGACCAAGAAAAAACAGAUGAAUUUUGGAACAUUUAUGUAGAUGGGGACCAGUGUAAGUCAAACCCUUGCCAUUACGGUGGGACAUGCAAAGAUGGCAUUGAUAGCUAUACUUGUACAUGUUUAAGUGGCUAUCUUGGACGGAACUGUGAAUACACCAUACAAAAAUCCUGCAAGGUAGACAAUGGUGGAUGUUGGCACUUCUGCAAACAUGAAGAGAAUAAUGUGGUGUGCUCUUGCGCUGAUGGGUAUAUCUUGGAAAACAAUGGAGAAUCCUGUGUUGCAACAGCUGAUUACCCCUGCGGUAAAAUUAAGAAAGCCAAGACCAAGACCAAGAGGGAAGCAAGUUUGUCUGACCACAUUCCCACUAGUCUGGAUUAUGAUGCAACUCCUGAAGGCAGUUAUCGGAGUUUCCCUACAACCAGUCCUCACCUGCCAACCCAGCAGGACAUGUCACUCAAUGAGGAAGACACCAACUUGGAUUCGGAUCGUGACACACGUAUUGUUAAUGGAUCAGAUUGUGAACUGGGCCAAUGUCCCUGGCAAGCACUUCUACUAAAUGAGCAAGAAGAAGGGUUUUGUGGAGGAACUGUUCUGAGCCCAAUUUAUGUGCUCACUGCAGCUCACUGUAUAAACCAAACCAAACUAAUUAAAGUUGUUGUAGGGGAAGUGGAUACAACAACAAGAAGAACAGGAUCAAUUCAUGCUGUGGAGAAAGUAUACGUACAUCAGAAAUUUGUUUUGGAAACCUAUGACUAUGAUAUAGCUCUCAUUCAGUUGAAGGAUCCUAUCCAGUUUUCUGAAUAUGUGAUCCCUGCGUGUCUUCCGACAGCAGACUUUGCUAAUCAAGUUCUAAUGAGACAAACUGCUGGUGUUGUUAGUGGUUUUGGGCGUGUCCAUGAAAAAGGUCGAGUAUCCACCAAACUUCAAGUAGUGAAACUUCCCUACAUUGACCGGCUCACAUGCAAGCUCUCAAGCAAUUUCGCAAUCACUGAGAAUAUGUUCUGUGCUGGCUAUGACACUCUCGCUCAGGAUGCAUGUCAGGGUGACAGUGGAGGCCCUCAUGUCACUGAAUACAAGGGCACCUACUUCGUCACGGGUAUCAUCAGUUGGGGAGAAGGGUGUGCAAGGGAGGGAAAAUAUGGUGUUUAUACCACUGUGUCAAAUUUCAUAAGGUGGCUGAGGAGAAUUAUGCGUCAAAAGCCACAACAGAACUGAGGAGAACUACUGUUCUCUGAACACGAUUUAAUGACAACAUAUUAGUCAGUGAAAUAAAUCACUGUUUAAAACUCCCUGUAUGUUUGUUUGAUAGACUAUAUAUUCAAAGGCAGAACAGCGUAUUCACUUAGACUUCUCUUAACCUCACAGUGCAGUGGUUAUGCUGCAGUACUGCAGUGAAGACUCUGCUCAUGAAAUGAGUUCAAUCCUGAGCUUAGGUAGGCAGUCUGAGGUUGACCCAGCCUUCCAUCUUUCUGAGAUUGAUAAAGUGAAUACAAAGCACACUGGGGGGGGGGCAAUGUAUAGCCUGCAUAAUUAAAUUGUUAACCACCCAGAGAGUGCUUUAAGCAUUAUGGGGUGUAUAUAAACAGCACACUUUGCUUUAACCUGGCUUGCCAAUUCAUCAGUUUAGCCUUGACCUUGGUGGGCACUGCAUCCUUUGUUGCACCAUUCAUAUGCUAGAAUUACAUUUUAGUUUCUGUGUUAAUUAACUCAAAAUGAAAAGAAGCUGUUUAUACAACCAAUUUAAUGUAGCCAUAGUGCAAUGUGACAAGGUCACUAUACCUGAUUUUCGCACCUACAUCUUGUGAAUGUGCAGUGCAGCUCCUCACCUUCUCUUCAGAUAUAUAGUGCAAAGGUUGUGAGGAGAAAACUUGCAGGAUUUCAGAGCUAUCAGUGGCCAAUAGGCCCCUUUUCAAUAAGCAGCUUUUCUCGGCAUACACUUCAGUUAGGGGAUGAAAGUAUCAGUAUGCCCUGUGUUCUGGCAAUAUGAAGUUUCACAAAUCAUUAAGAUGCUUUCAUGAUAGCCUUUGAAGAAAAGCUUUUGAUAAAUGAUGCACAUAUUUUAUGACUUGUCUGUCUUGAACUUUUUCUUCUUUGUAUUUCUGUUUGUACCACAUGCAAUAAUAAAACAAUGUUUUAAUCUGUGGAAAAUUAUAUCUGUUAAUUACACAACAUGUACCAAUAUACCACCAAUAAAUACUAUGUGUCUUGGA